UCCACGUGAACCUGUAACCUCGAGAAAGGGUUUUGAUUGAUCUUUACUUUCUCUGUAGCCGUGAUCGUCGCCGUCCCCGUUUUCUAUCUCCGGUCGGAUUAUAUAGCCGCGAGCUGUUGUCACCAUGUUUCUCACGAGAUUUAUCGGGAGGAGAUUCUUAGCGGUGGCUGCUUCCACGAGAUCGGAGUCCACUGCUGCAGCAGCCGCCUCGACUGUUAAGAUUGCGAAAAACCCUCUCGAGGAGUUCUUUGAGUUCGACAGAAGCCAGGACGAAGACAAACCUGUUGUCUACGGUCGAGGUUGGAAAGCUUCAGAACUGAGGCUCAAGUCAUGGGAUGAUCUUCAGAAGCUGUGGUACGUUCUUCUCAAAGAGAAAAACAUGUUGAUGACUCAGCGUCAGAUGCUUCAAGCCCAGAACAUGAUGUUUCCUAACCCUGAACGCAUUCCGAAGGUGAGGAGAUCAAUGUGCCGCAUAAAGCAUGUGCUGACAGAGAGAGCGAUUGAAGAACCGGAUCCCAGAAGAUCAGCCGAGAUGAAGAGAAUGGUCAAUGCUAUGUGAUCAAUCCCUUGUGCUUCUUUUCGCAACGGAUUAGAGUCAGUGUUUGGGUCUUAGUCCAAUGAUUGUGACUGUUGUCCGGUAGUUAAAAUGUUUGUUCGGGUAUAUGCACGUACCAUUUCUAUAAAACCGUGGUUGGUGUUUAUUUCAGCAAACAUGUUGGUCAGUUGAUUUUGAGCUCUUGUCUUCCAAUAUAAUCGAGCGGGAAAAUAAAAUGUUGUUUUCAUC